UUCGCCACCCAUACAAUCUCUGCAGAAGCUUUCAUGGCCUAGUUUUGUCUGAGCUGGCAAUAUUAUAGUAUUAUUACUCAAAAUAGAUUUUAAUAAUGAUUUUUUUUUAAAGCUGAAAUGUUUCUCUUCUGCUCCUGACAGGUUGACAUUUGCCCAGAGGAGUUUGGAAACAACAUUAAACCUGCAGCAAGUCUCAUGGGUGAUAUUAAUGCAGUGACUCAGCAGAUUCUAGAUGAGUUGCUUAAAAGCUCCUGGAAGUACCCGUCCACUACAGGAUGGUGGACAGACCUAAAGAAGAAGAUAAAUGCCAAUGAAGAAAACACAAAGGUUUUGACAUCACAGACAACCCUUCCAAUGAACUACUACACUGUUUUUCACCAUGUGAAGCAAGUUUUGCCCAAUGAUUGCAUUAUUGUGAGUGAAGGAGCGAAUACAAUGGACAUUGGCCGCACUGUGCUCCAAAACUUUCUUCCACGUCACAGAUUAGAUGCCGGCACAUUUGGCACAAUGGGAGUUGGCUUGGGAUUUGCCAUAGCAGCUGCCAUGGUGGUAAAAGAUGAAUGUCCGGAGAAGAGAGUGGUCUGUGUGGAGGGGGACAGUGCCUUUGGUUUCUCCGGCAUGGAAGUUGAAACAAUCUGCCGGCAUAAUCUACCCAUUAUUAUUAUUGUGGUAAAUAAUAAUGGGAUUUACAGUGGGUUUGAUGAAGACACUUGGAAUGACAUGCUAAAGGCUGGAGACCCUGCUUCAGUCACACCUCCUGUUUCUCUAAUUCCAAAUGCCCAUUACGAGCAGGUAAUGACAGCGUUUGGUGGGAAAGGAUACUUUGUGCGGACGCCUGAGGAACUGCAGAAGGCGCUGAAAGCCAGCUUCUCUGAGAAACAUCUUCCAUCUCUGAUCAAUGUCAUGAUAGAUCCUCAGUCAGACAGGAAGAAGCAGGAGUUCCACUGGCUCACUCGUUCUAACCUGUGAUUGGCUGUCACUGUCCACAUGAUGGAAAUGAAGUUUCAAAACCAAAAGAUUCCUGUUCAUACAUGAUGCAGUCAAAUCAGUAAUAAGCAAUUUUUUACAGCUUCGCAAAAAAUGUUUGUAGCUGGAAUCAAUACAAUUUUUUAAAUGUAAAACUUUAAGAGAAAUAUAA